AUGGUCAAGCUUAUCACAUGGAAUGUCAGAGGCCUGAAUAAAGUAUAUAAGCAGGCCGAGUUAGAAAAGUUUAUGAAGAAUAAUAAAGUAGGAUUGAUUGCAAUAUUAGAACAUAGAGUACAAGGAAAGUAUGCAGAACAAAUAAUCAAAAAAAUAGCUCUAGAGUGGAUUUGGUGUUCAAAUUAUGAUGCAAAUGGAAGGAGUAGAAUAUGGAUAUUAUGGAAUUCGAAUGAAGUAGUAUUUACUGUGAUAUCUACAUCCACACAGCUUAUACAUGGGGCUGUGCGGAUAUGUGCUCUGAAUGUAGGAUUCCAACUAACAAUAGUAUAUGGCUUACAUAAUUUGGUGAAUAGAAGAUCAUUAUGGGGUGAACUACAAGCUAUUGCUUCUCUACAAAAAGAGGCAUGGAUUUUAAUGGGUGACUACAAUGCUAUACUGCACUAUGAUGACAGAAUUAAAGGGAACCCAGUACAGGAAUAUGAGGUGGCUGACUUCAAGAAGUUUAUGAUGGAUACUAAUAUGAUGAAGCUUAAAACGAAUGGAAAAAGAUAUACAUGGACAAAUAACCAUGUACUAAGCAAAAUUGACUGGGCGCUUAUGAACAGUGAAUGGAUGACUACUUGGACACAUGUGGAAGCUACAGCUCUUGAUCCGCAUUUCUCAGAUCAUUCACCUCUAGCCAUAGAGGUAGGAGGAAGAGGAAUCAAAGGGGCUAGGCCAUUCAAAUUUUUCAAUCAUUUGGCCCAGCAUCCUGACUUUAUUUCAAUAGUGACAAAUAAAUGGGGAAGUGGGCAGCAUAUGAAGGGGAUGGAAGCAAUCUGGUAUAAGCUUAAACAAGUUAAACAAGAACUGAAGACACUAAACUGCAGGAAAUUCUCAAAAGUUACUAAAAAGGUAGAUUAUUACAGGAAAGAACUAAAUGAAAUGCAAAUUGAAACAAGAGAUCCUGAGAAACAGGUGGGGUUAGCUGAUAAGGAGAGAGAAGUAAAACAACAACUAGAAAAAUGGGUGGUGAUUGAAGAAAGUAUUCUUAAACAAAAAUCAAGAGUGAAGUGGCUGCAAUUAGGGGAUGCAAAAAAUGCUUAUUUCUAUGCUUGCAUGAAGAAUAGGACUGCCCAUAAGCAAAUCAGAAGGCUGAACACUGUUGAUGGUAAUAUAGCACAGAAUGAAAAGGAAGUGGAGAGUGAAAUUGUAAAGUUCUAUCAAAAAUUGCUUGGAACAGCAGCUGCAGAAUUACCAACAGUCCAAGUAGAUGUACUGAAUGAAGGAAACAAGCUAACUAGAGAACAACAGUUGAAAAUGAUAGAAGCAGUUUCUAGAGAUGAAGUAUAUAAUGCAAUGAAGGAUAUUGAUGACCAGAAGGCUCCGGGGUGUGAUGGUUUCAAUUCGUUUAUUUUCAAGGAGAGCUGGAAGGUAAUUGGAGAGGAAAUCCCUGUGCUGUGCUGGAAUUCUUUCACACUGGAAACAUGUUCAACCCUAUAA